UCUUCAUUGGCAACACUUACCGCUACCGCGGGAAGUCUAAACUGUCAUUUUAUAUAUUUUUGUGUUCUGUUGUUUAUCGUAUUUUUUAACGUGUAUUAUCUAAAAUUGCAAUGACACAUCUUGAAUUUGUUAUUCCUUUAAGUAAAGAUGAUUUGAGAAAAGUGAAUAAAUCUUAUCAGUAUGUAGUGAAAGAAACAUUUUCUACAUCCGAAAUUGUACAAAAACUUAAAGAUUGCCAUCAUCAAAUAAGAUGUAAUAAUGCAGAAUUUAUCAUCAAUUAUUUUGAUGUUUUUUUCUGUGUUUUAUAUGAUUUUGCUAAAAUUGAAGCUGAUGUAAAAGAAAAUGCUUGGAAGAUCAUUUUGAAAGGUAUGAAUCUGUUAGAAAAAUCUCUAUGUGAGUAUCUAGAUUCAGAAGAGUCAAUGGAUCAACAAGAUUGCGCUAAAUUUCGUAAUAUGUUAAAAAUGUUCUGUUAUUUAUUAUGUCAAUUUCUUGAAGCAGUUGAAUCUAAAUUAUAUCAAAAUUCAAAUAAACAUAUAAUAGGAAAAGGGAAGAAGUUAGUGCAGAAUGAAUCAUCUGUUUGGGAUGAAGAACGUAUUCAAGGCAUUACAGCACUUAAUACAAUCUGCCAGUUAAAAUUACACAAGUUAUGGGAUCCACCGAUAAUAGAGGAGGAUUUUGUCAACUUGAUUAUGAAUUGUUGCUUCAAGUUAUUGGAAAAUCAGAAUACAGUUCGAUGCAAAUCUACAAAGAAUGCCAUUUUUAAUCUUCUUGGUAUUUUAUUAAAAAAAUAUAAAAACAGCUUAAGUUGCAGUUUAAAAAUUAUACAAUUUGUGCAGCAUUUUGAUUAUUUAGUUUCUCCUCUGGCUCAAGCAGUUGAAUUAUUUGUAAAUGAAUAUGGUAUUAAUAAUAUUGUGAAUGAAAUAAUAAGGGAAAUAAGUCAAAUGGACAUUCAAGAUUUAAUUAGAGAUAACACAGGUACCAAAUCAGUCUCCCUGUUCCUGGUUGAAAUUACAGAAAAAAUUCCUUCUGUAGUUUUACAUUCUUCAAGUCUCUUGCUUCAUUUUCUUGAUGAAGAACCUUAUGUUAUGAGAUGUGGUGUUCUAUCCAUGUUUGGAGAAAUAAUAAUAAAAGUAUUUAGCAAUACUGAAUUAGAGAAUAAAGCAAAGGAUUUGAGAGAUCAAAUGUUGGCUAAAUUAGAAGAACAUAUACAUGAUGUCAAUGCUUUUGUCAGAAGCAAAGCUCUUCAGAUAUGGCAAAGUUUAUGUAAGCAAAAAGCUAUUCCAUUAGAUCAUCAACAUCCACUAUUAGUUUUAAUCAUCGGUCGAUUGAUGGAUAAAUCUAGCUUCGUUCGAAAGUAUGCAAUUCAAUUUAUUAAUACUAUAAUUCAAGUCAAUCCAUUUGGUGGAGUUCUCGGUAUUGAGGAACUCCAAGCAACACUUAAAAAAGAAGAAGAAUAUUUAGAAGAGUUGCUUUCUGAAGAACAAGAUGAAGAUAAGAAUGAAAAAAUAAUAGAAUGGGAAAUUAUUAAAAAGCAUUUUACAUUAAUGCUAAAUGAUGAAAUUGAAGAGGAUAUUACACAAGAUACAAUUUAUCAAAUUCUUUCUAAAAGCCAAGAAUCCUUAAAUGAUCAAAAUUUAAAGGAAUUUUUUCAAUAUACAAUAGACCAACUAUCUGAUUUUGAAGCCAUAAUUGAAGAUAAUGAAGAGAAAAUUGAUCAGGAUAAUUUAUGUAUGGCAAAAGCUUUGUGUUUCAUUGAAAACUGUUACAUAAGUAAGCAUUUUAAUUAA